CGAGGAACGGUGAGCAUGCCAACCUCAGUUUCAGUUUCAGUCAGUUAGUUAGUUUAGUCGGUUGGUCGCGAGUCUUUUCGGGGACCGAUUUUUUUUCAGCGCGUGCAAUCGUGAGAGCGUGUGUGAACUGCGGCGUAUUAACUGGAUAAAUUAGGAGUUUUUUCUGCUCUAUUUUUAAAAAUGUCCUUUUCUACACUAUUGGGAUGAUUUUUCCACUUUGAGAAUGAUUCCUGGCGUUGGAUUUCCGAACAGCCGACAGGAUGUGAUGGAAUUUCAAUUAGACGUCGUCGUCUCCAAGCAUGGUCAAUUGGGCGAAACGCUUCGCGGCAUUAGUAAUCGUGCAUUUUUUUUACUAUCGAAUUCACAAAACUCACGCUCAUCCGCAUACAUAAGUAGUUUAGGAAUUGUUUGAAAAGUGUCGUUCGCAUAACAAAUAAAAAAACACGAGCCUCAAAAUGUUUAACUGCCUUUGGCAAUUGUGGGAUUGGAUCGAUCCACCCACGUUCACCACGAUGGAGAGCAAGAAGCUCCAGCAGCUGCAGCAGGCCAACUCACACCUAGCACCGAUUCCGCAGACGAAGCCACCAACUUUCCAGCAGCAGAAUGCCGCCGAUUAUCGGCCUUCGCGGGCAUCGCCGGUCUUUCAGAACCACCCGCAGUACCAGAGCUUUGCGUCGAAUUUUGCCCAAAUCAACUACCCACACCAGAUUCGACCCCCGCAGCAAGUCGCACAGCAGCAACAGCAGCAGCAUCUUAGCGCCCACAGUAGUCCCAAAUCGAAUAGCAACAGUUUGUACCUUAGCGAAUACUCCAGCUCGAGCCAGCAACAGCAGCAGCAGCAGCAGCCAUCACAGCAGCAACAUCACCACAACACGAUCGGAAGUCACUAUCACUUUGACCAGAUCUACCAAACCAGCUCGCCGUCGAGUGGCAGUGGUGAGCGGGAACGCCUGUACCAGACUGCCCCCAGGCCAACGCAGCACACUCACACGCCAAGCCAGCCGGGCCCACCACAGCCACUCACCAAGCUGGAACUGCAGUUCCAACAGCUGCAGCGUGAAAAGAUCCAGGCCCAGAUUAAAACCGCCACGGAAGCGUUGGCCCACCAGCAGCAAACCUUUGCCCUUCGUCAGCAGCUCAAUCCACCCGUUCCCAACUAUCACCUGAAGCAGAACCUCCUUCAAAACCUGUCCCAGCAGCACCAACAGCAAAUCCAACACCAGCAACAACAGCUGCAGCGAAAUGCCCCUCCAUCGAGUCUGAACCUGACCAGCCACUUCCAGCCGGCCCAAGGUCCCAUGAAGCUGACGAAUCAUGCCAACAUCCAUGACUACGGUGCCACGGCGGCCACCAACCAGCAUGCGAUCAACGAAGCGUUCUACCAGCAACAGCAGCAGAAGCACAUCCACGCGGUGAUCAACAAAACGCCCAACAACAUGCAAUCCCCCGCCCCCAACCAGAUCAUCAUUCAGCAAAACAUUCCCGGCCAAGUGGUGAACCAAGCCUGCCAGACCCAAAUCAGCGGCGUCAAAAACAAUCAGCAGCAACAAAACCAAAAAUCACCCAACUCCGACUCGAUGUCCUCGCCGUCGCACGACGGCCUUGAACGCCGGAAAAGUGGUCCCGUACACACGCUCAAAUCUCCCGUCACCAAGCGACCCCUCAACGCGCCCGUCUCCAUGUCCGGCUGGCUCUACAAACAGGGCUCCGAUGGACUCAAAGUGUGGCGACGGCGCUGGUUCGUCCUGUCCGAGUACAUCCUCUACUACUACAAAAGCCAGGAAGAGGAGAAACUGCUCGGAACCGUCCUGCUCCCAUCCUACAAAAUAUCCGCGUGCUUCCCGGAGGACAAGGUCUACCGCAAGUUUGCCUUCAAGUGCGAACACACCAACAUGAGGACGUUCGUAUUCGCCGCCGAAACGGGCGAAUCCAUGACCAACUGGGUGCGGGCCUUGACCCUGGCCACAAUGAUGCAGGGCAGCAGCGAGUCCGAAACGAGUCCACCCUCGAACAACGCACGCAGCGGAGACAACAGCGAUUCUGGCAUUCAAACGUACCAAUCGCAGGUGUGCAAGACGGGAGCAUCCCAAGGACCGGUAACGCCCGUUUCCGACAACGGAGGUGGAUCGCAACCCCUGUACGCCAACGCACCUCCCAAACCACGCCGAGCGAACGACGGUGGGUACUCUUCCCCGAGUCCCGAACACAUCCCAUCCGAGCGAUACGACCAGGAUCAGCAGCAAAUCUACGGAAAAACUCCUGACUCGAGCUUUAUGCAGCAAUCACCCCAAAUCAAGCAGCAGCAGCAACAACAACAACAUCUAGGGUACGACCCGAACGCGUAUCCAAGUCCUGGCGGUGCUGGUGGUGGCCAAACUGUCUACAACGAUGCGAUCUACGGCAAUGCCAAGCGAAUCGAGCGGGACUUGUACAUCCAAAAGUUGAUCCAGCAGCAGCAACAACAACAAGCCCAACUCCAACAACUUCAGCAACAACAGCAAGUCCAACAGCAGGUUCAGCAGCUAGCUAUGCAGCAAACUCCACAACGAGCAUUCACAAACCCCUUCAUGUACCCGAACGCGGACCGACGAACACCGGACACGUACGGACCUCCGCGAGCCGCCCUGGACAAACACAUGUCCGACUACGAAGACAUCUACAACCUGACCAUGCUGUCCAAGUCUCUUCCAGCGGAAGAUCCAACACCUAGUGCAGCCACCGCCGCCGCAGGUUACCGCCGACCGAUGAGCCCCCUGCGCUACGACGGCCAAAACAUGCCCAUGCGUUACACUCCCAACUAUCUGGAGAACAACUCACCCGCACAGCAGCAGCACGUACAGAUGCGUGCCCGACCGGUCCAAUCGACGAUCCCGCGACCCCACUCGGCCGACUUUCUGGAGUACGAGGCGCGCAACCCGAUCGGCGCCAACUCCCUGAACGGCGUCAAGGGCGGUAAGCUAAAGGACGGCGAACCAGCUCGAGCACCCCGGCCCAAGUCCAGCCUGGACAUCAACCGAACCCCGGACAACUACUACUACUCGGAGGCGAGUUACGCGGAGAAGAUGCGAAUGCAGAGUGCGUCGUACCUGCAGCGGGCCGCGAACCUUGGAGCGGUAGCGGGGAAGGAAGUGCCGGGCGCCGUCAACUCUAGCACGGUUCCACGCGAUGGUUAUUACGGAGGUGCGAGUUCGUCCAACGGUCGACUGGACUACGAUGAAAACGUCCUGCACCAGGGUUCGGCAAGUGUCCCGCGAGCGCAGCGCAUGACGAUGAACAACCUCAAAAAGUAUCCCAGCCAGCAGGAACAAUUCGCUCGGUCGGCCAGCGCCCGGCUUCCACGCAAAGAGGAAGAUCCGUCGGCACGGGACGGUGAACGCAAGCGGGAAGAGUCGAUGAAGCGACUGCUCGAGUGGAAGCAACGAAUGCUCCAGUCGCCGCUGACGCGCAAAAUGUCUCAACAGCAAGCCCAACAGCUGGGACUCGGUUCGCCCGGAUCCACUGGUAACCCGUUCUUGAGCAAGUCUGGCCAGCUGCAGAUGGAGGCGGAGAUGUACCUGGAGCAGGAGAAGCAAAUGCAAGCUCAACACCAACAACAGCAACUACAGCAGCAGCAGCAGCAGCAACAACAACAGCAAAUGCAGCACCUAAGGGUUGACAACAAAUCCAACCUGGAGUACAACAGCUAUUCGUCAGACGAUGAAGCUUCCAUUUCAGUUCGCAACGUGAAAAACAUUCCCAAGGGAGCGCUGACGGUGAAACCGGACCCGUCGGACUACCGCACCGAUCCGAAGCUGGUCCAGGGUUAUUACGACCCAAGGCAGACCGAGUACUACUACCAGGACCAGGAAGGCUAUAUCCGGCCGGACAUAAGCUUCGAAUCCACCCACGAUCUGUAUACGCAAGCCCAGCUGCAGCGAGCUCAGGAGAUCAACCUGCAGCAGCACUACCAACUUCAGGAUAUCGAUCGCAGCUUAGCGGCGAUGAACGAAGAAUCUCCGGGAGAAAAGUGGCCACCGAACAUAAACCAACAGCAGGUGUUUACACCACGCGGUCCACAAACCCCCAACCAUCAUCACCAGCAACUGCAGCAGGACAAAUCCGAACUGAGAACGUUGGAAAUGUCCGCCGGGGACUUACUGAACCGUACACACGAAGAACUAGUCUUGCUGUUAAUUCAGUUGCGACGACAGAACAGCAAUACGGCACGCUCGAUCGAGCAGUGUUGCACAAAUAUACACGAUAUUCAGAACUCGAUACGUAUGUCUGACGGACCGUCCCGGGCGGAGAACCUGGCCCGGCUGGAGGCCCUCAAGAAGCAGCUGUGCGAGCUGGAGAAGCAGUACGAGAAGGAAAAGCCGCUGAUCAACCUGGUGGACAACAUGGUGAAGCUGGGCACGCUGUACCGAGGGGCGCCCGGCAAGGGCAAGAGCAAAUCGUCGUCCGGCUCGCUGCACGCGUCCGAAUCGGCCACGCUCGACCGGCUGGAGUUCAACCAGCGGAUCCAGGAGCGCCGGCUGCUGCAGGAAGAGCAACGCCAGUGGGACCGGCUCAGCCCGAACCACACCGAGCUGCAGUCCAAGGUCCAGCAGCUGUAUCAGAUCGAUCAGCUGCUGCAGGAGGAGUCCGGCACGCUGCAGAGCUUGCAGCGCGACAAGGAAGAUCUGGAGCGUGCGCUCGGUGGGUUGAAGGCCAAGAUCAUGAAGGGUGAGGCACCGGCACCGGCCAUGGAGGCGGCUCGGCAGCAGCAGCACACGCUGGAGCGCGAGCUGUCCCGGGUGCACCUGAUGCUGGCGGAGAACUCCAAGAAAUUGGAAAAGACCGUCGCAGAUAACGCUCGCCUGGAGCAGGAGUUGUUGGUACUUCGGCAGAAACUGCAAGCUUCGCGGGAUACGCGAGGAUCGCAGGCAACGCUGGUUCCGGGACAGGACGGACAGUACGUGGGUUCGGCAACGCUGGUUCUGGAGUCGGAACUGCGACGAGUACAACGACUGGUUGGCGAUAUGCAGCGCCAGCGUAACGAACUGAGCCAGGCGGUGCGACAGCUGACGGACAACUCGGACUCGCUGCACAAGCAGAUCAACAAGAACGGCGACUCGCGAUCGCAUAUUAAGAAACGAUCGCAAGGUGCUGCUUGGGUGGAGACUGAUUUGGAUUCGCUGGUCAGCAAAGAUCAGGGCAGGCACGAUAGUACGCUGUCGUUGAACGUUUCGGAGAAGCAGAGCUCGGUUUACGGAAGAAGCGAUCUCGAUCGUUCGGAAGCGUUCGAAUCUUGUAGCGUGGAUAGCGAUGACUUGUUGGAGGACUCUUCGGGUAAUCCGUUUGGAUAUCCGGAUAAGCAAGAGAUCAAGACGGUUCGGAUUGUUAAGCGCGAAUCGGAGCGUAGACAUAGGGAUCGAGAGAAGGAUCGAAGCAACGCUUCAACGCACAGUCUCGAUCAAGUGUUGGAAGAGGAAGCCCAGAUUUUCGAGGACUACAACAACUACCAUCGGGCAAAGUCGAUGCCGAGGGGUGUUUCGGAGACUCACGAGGCGUUCGUACAGAACCAGGACGUGCAGUCUUACUCGAGCAAUUUGAAGGACUACUACAGUAUGACGGCCAACAGCCAAAACAGUUACCCGGUAUCGAUGAUCGAUCGCAAGGCAGAUUUGUACUCUGGCUGUGAUCGUACACCUAUUGGUAAGACAUCCGCCAGCAAGGUGAGCACACUGUCGUUGAACAGUUCGAUGGACGGCGGCAGCGUUGAGUACUCCGGACUUCGCACCAAAACGGAAUCCAUUCAGAGUUUGACCAUUUCCGAGCAAAGUCCGGUGUUCCAGAGCGAAGCAGCCAAGCAGAUCCUCCAUGAAAUGGGCGCUCCCCAGCAGGGUGGUUCGAACGGGCUGUCCGCGUCGGAACGGCAGAAACAAAAGGCAGAACACAUGGCCCAGCAGAACAAGCAUCGGCGGUCGGUUCCGAAGGAGAAGCGGCGUCACCACACGGCGCCACACCACGUCAACGCCAAGCAGAUCGAGAUCAUGCAGAGUGAGAACGAUAUGAAUAAGAAUAACGUCAACUGGCGUGCGCGGGAUGACGUGGAUCUGGAGGUCACGCUGCGACCGCGAUCGAACGCCCCGGACGUGGUCCGGUCGGCGAUGGGCCCCCGCGAGAAGAUCUCCGAGCACACGAUCGACAAGCUGCUGGCGGCGCCCAGCAAGAUCCUGAUCCCCGAGCGGUACGUCCCGGAGCAGACGCCGGAGCUGUCCCCCGAGGAGAAGCAGCGCCGCCAGGAGAAGGUCGAAGCCAUCAAGAAGAUGCUGUCGGAGACGCCGAUGGCGGGCAAUGACACCUCACCGAAUCAGCCGGCCAACGCGGAGAAGCGACAACGGGAGCACCUGCUGCAGCUGAACCAGAUCUUGGCCCAACAGGUCAUGCAAAUGAGCAAAAUUGUAGCUGACGACAAACCCCAGGAUCAGAUCACAGAAAAUUCGAUGGCAGUGCUCCCAUCCAGCAUCUGCAAGCUGCGCAAGCGAGGCAUGUUUAACCGCACCAGCCGCCGGAACUCGGCCGGAAUGGCUGCUUCUGCGGCUGCCGCCGCCGACGACGAGGAAACCCGCUACCACAGCGAAGUCGAGGACAACGACGAUGACGACGACGACGAUACGGAAUCGCCGCCGGAACCGCUGCCCCUGUACCAGCAGCGUGAAAACUAUUUCACCUAAAUGUCGAGAGUGGAAAAAAAGUUAUACUGGCAACAAGGAUUUCAGCAACACUUAAACUGCUUCCAGAUGUACAAGUAAUCACCAAAAAAAAAGAAGAAAAAAAACAAGAGAAUACAGAGUUAUUAUCGUCGUUAAAGUGUUUAGAUAAAGCUGUGAAUUUAAACAAACUUGAACAAAACUAAAAAAACGUGUGGAGUGGAACAAUUGAAUUGAUUUAUCCGUCCAUCAUCGGUUGGCAGCACUGCUUUGUAAGACCCGCAACGUUAAAAAUGGCUUUACAACCCGCACCUGAGCCUGAAAGAGAAGAGAAAAGGGGAAGUAAGCCACACAUACUCACGCAUAUCAGUCGAAACCAAGAGAAACAAACUAGCGAAACAGGAAAAAAACAGAAUUUAGUUGCAUCGCAAUAGAAAACAAAAAUAAACCUUUGCUCACCCUUAGUUGUCCGCGUGUGCGAUUUUAAUUUAGAGUGUACUGGCCGCGCUAGAGGGAACCCUAAUUUUACACACUCACCAAAAUAACCCAGUGCAAAUGUGUUUGAUAGAAGGUUGACAGAAGGAGAAACAAUUCAAUGAAAUGACGCGUAAACAAAAUCAAUAAGGCAACGUCAAUUACUGUAAAAUUGUGUAAACAAAAGGACGCAUCACAUUUGAAGCAAGGAAUUACGUACUAAAAUAAAACUAGCUAAAUAAACACACAUGUCAUAUGCAAGGACUAGUAGAAUAGAGUUAACUGAAAUAAACAACAACAAAAACAGCAUACCAAUCACAUUACCCAUUCAAUCGUAGCAAGCUGUAGAUUGAGGAGAUAGGACGAGGAAGGGAUUUUAGUCGAAGUUUCGCGGUGUUUCAUAGGCGAACAUUCAAGACUGAGCACUGCCUAAAACAGCUGUGCAAAGUCUUGAAUGUUAAUCUAUGGUGGAACGAUAGGUGUGGGAAUAGGUUGUGAGAGUAAGGGUGGUUCCCAGACUGGACGCCACCCUGCAUUGAGCCAGUCAAGCCCGUACAUCCGUCAUGCACCUUCACCAUUAAACCCGCUUGGCUAUCCGUAAAUAUUAUACGUCAAUUUGAAGCAAUUUGAAUACUAAAAAUUACCACUUGCUCAAUUCGAACAGUACUAAAUAAAAAAAAAAAGAAAAUUGUACCAAACAACAGUAUAAAUCAAGUUAAACCUAAUCGCAUUUAUCCAAGCAAAAUAGUGUUAUUCAAAAACAAAGAAGAUAACCUCUAACCAGACUUUUAACCGUUCAGCAGUAUUAAGUUGAAGUAAAUUUACCAACCAUCAGUCGAAAAAACCAAACUCGCUUUAACCCCCCUCUAAAUCCUCAUCAUACACGGUAAACCAACUCAUUGGAUCAAAUCAGACGAAAAAAAACACACACAGGGCCUAACUUCGUAGCAAACCCGAGAGCGAGAAGGCAAAUUGCUGCUGCAGAACUAAAAAGAAACACGACUUAAAAACGUAAGCUAAUAACAAUACAAUAAAAAAAAUGCAUUUACAGGGUUCUUCUCUUACUCUUUUUCGAGCGUUUAUAUUAAAAAAAAUCUUAUGAUCAAUUGCUACCUGCAUGUAACGGAGAACAAAUCGAACCAAGUGGUCCAGCAGUGCGCUCUCGGGAUCCCCCCUCACCAAGGUAGAGACAAAUCAAUCAAACAUACACAUCAUUGAAGAAAAAUCGGAAGAAAAAUAUCUCUAUCAUUAUACCUCCCUCAGAAUUGGCUUCGAAAGCGCUAGGUUAUAAACAAACAAAAAAAACACUCUCACUUCAUACCGAUCGAAAUCUAUGCAUAUCACAUGAACCCAAAAAAAAAGAUGGCGUCAAAUCGUUUUUGAUUUCCACUUAGCGCCACCCUAAGUUUAUUGCUCAACGGCGAAAAAAAAUCUAACAUUUGUUUUUGUUUUAAAAUCAAAUUGGCCAUACUGAUGAAAAUAUACAAGAAAUUAGGAAACCUUUGCCUCGUUUAAGAUAAUCACAAACAAGAACAAAAAUUAAAUUACCCAAACCAUACUGAGUGUGUACGGAGUAGUAGGCGGUGCAACGCGCGCUGCGUGGGAGAAAACACGUUGAUCGUGUUCGCGGUAGAUUUUCCUCCCACGCUGCCGGCGCAGCCGGCGCCUACUCAAAGGAAGAAGAAAAAAGAAAACAAUUAAUUUGCCAUACUAUUACGAUGUACUAUUGUAAACGAAAUAAUUGCAGCCUAGUUAAAGCGCUGCGAAACCGCGAGAGAUUUAUAUAAAUUUUGUUUUAUUUUUUUAUUCGUUGUUUUAGGUGCUAUAGUUUGAGUCGAUAAGUUACUCAUUUUCGGUUCGUUUAUUUUUAUUACCUUUUUUAAACUAUUUCAAAUCGAUCAGUUAAGGCGUUAGCGCAACCAGCAAAUUACAUUAAAUGAAAAUCAUUCCGAAUUAUCGUUGUGCGGAAUUUAUCGUUGAAUAAUGUUAAUAUACCUAAUGAAAACCGUAUAAAGUUAAUAUUACACGCAUGUAUUGUUAAGGGGAAGUACACUUUAACCCGACAGGGAGAAAACAUACACACACAAUAUUGUAUAAAGAAAACCAUAAAAAGCAGCACACAAGAGCGCGAAAACCUCGUUUUAGUUUAAUUUAUAUUCAACCAAAUAAGCUAAGUUACGUCACAAAAACAACAACAACAAAAAGAUCACACUUUCAAUUUCAAACCCCGGCACUUUUACCUUCACUCCGUCGAUAAAACUUGCAACAAUAAACAAACCGAAAUAAUAAUAACAAACAAACACCAGACAAAAAAAAAACAGAGUAAACAAGUAAUGUAUACAGGCAGCAUCAGUUUUAAUCGUUCAUUGGUAAGGCAGCAAAUCGGCGCGACAGAGCAAGAGGUUGAAACAAUGCAAACAAAACCUAUAAACAAAUAAAAGUAAAUUACUACGUCAGAAAAACAAACAGUAACGUCGGUCGUCGAA